UAUGUGCAGGAAGGCAUCAGGUGGACCCCCAUUGAAUAUUUCAACAACAAAAUUGUGUGUGAUCUCAUUGAAAACAAAGUGAAUCCUCCUGGUAUUAUGAGUGUCUUGGAUGAUGUUUGUGCUACCGUGUACGCGAAGGGUGAAGGGGCAGAUCAGACCUUGCUGCAGAAGCUCCAGUCGGCAGUGGGGACCCACGAACAUUUCAACGGCUCCAGUUCAGGAUUCAUCAUCCACCACUAUGCUGGCAAGGUCUCCUAUGAUGUGAACGGCUUUUGUGAAAGAAAUCGGGACGUGCUUUUCACUGACCUGAUAGAACUUAUGCAAACCAGUGAAUUCUCUUUUAUCCGGAUGCUUUUCCCAGAAAAACUUGAUGCAGACAAAAAGGGACGGCCCACUACAGCUGGAUCCAAAAUUAAGAAACAGGCCAAUGAUCUUGUGAAUACGCUGAUGAAGUGCACACCUCAUUACAUCCGUUGCAUUAAGCCCAAUGAGACGAAGAGGCCACGAGACUGGGAGGAGAGUAGGGUGAAGCACCAAGUAGAGUACUUGGGAUUGAAGGAGAAUAUCCGAGUCCGUCGAGCUGGAUUUGCAUAUCGCAGAGUGUUUCAUAAAUUCCUGCAAAGGUAUGCCAUCCUGACCCCAGAAACCUGGCCAAAGUGGCGAGGAGAUGAACGCCAAGGAGUCCAGCACUUGUUAAGGUCCGUCAACAUGGAUGUGGAUCAAUACCAGAUGGGCCGCACAAAGGUUUUUGUCAAGAAUCCAGAGUCGCUCUUCCUCCUGGAGGAGAUGCGAGAAAGAAAGUUUGAUGGGUACGCCCGCGUCAUCCAGAAAGCAUGGCGCCGUCACAUUGCCAUCAGGAAGUACGAGCAAAUGCGAGAAGAAGCAUCCCAUAUCCUAUACAACUUCAAAGAGAGACGACGGAACAGCAUCAACCGGAAUUUUGUGGGUGAUUAUCUGGGCAUGGAAGACAAACCAGAGCUGCGCCAGUUCUUGGGCAAAAGGGAGAGAAUCGAUUUUGCCGAUUCGGUCACCAAGUACGACAGGCGGUUUAAGCCCAUCAAGCGGGACUUCAUCUUAACACCCAAGCACCUGUAUCUGAUUGGCCGAGAGAAAGUGAAAAAGGGUCCUGAGAAAGGCCAGAUCCGGGAGGUGCUGAAGAAAAAGUUGGAGGUCCAAAGAGUCAAUAGAGUGUCUCUCAGCACAAAACAGGAUGAUUUCUUCAUCUUGCAUGAAGCUGAGGCAGAUACACUCCUGGAAUCCAUCUUCAAGACAGAACUCAUUAGCCUUCUGUGCAAACGCUACGAGGAAGCCACCCGAGGAAAGCUCCAACUCCAUUUCAGUGACACACUACAAUUCCGUGUGAAGAAGGAAGGCUGGGGCGGAGGUGGCAACCGAACCGUGACUUUUAUGAGCGGUCCAGGUGGCGUGGCUGUUCUCAAAUCAUCAGGAAAAAAUCUUUGUGUCAGCAUUGGGAGCGGGCUGCCCAAGAAUUCCAAGCCAACCAGGAAAGGAAUCCAACAAAGCAGAGGGAAUUAUCUCAAGCACCCACCACCAUCCCGAGUGGCUCCACCAGCUCCAAGAGGAAGAAAUCAAUCACACAUCUGUAGGAAUGGAGCCGCUCAACUUCCUUAUAACAGCAGACCACAGGAACAGACUUACUGCACUCCCCGAAGGCCUGGACCAGGACCCCCGGCCACCACGCUUCCCAAGCAAAGUAUGGCCCGGCGCCCAAAGGCAAGGGUACCACCUGAUUACAACAUGGAGUUCCUCAGUGUCCCAGACCAGGGCAUGGCAGGGACACAAAGGAAAAGAAGCAUUAGUCAAAGGCCGCCUCCUGCUGCGGGGAGGCCCAAGCCACAACCCAAGGUUUCUGGACCACGCUGCCGUGCUUUGUACCAAUAUCUUGGCCAGGAUGUGGAUGAGCUGAGCUUCAAUGUGGGUGAUGUGAUAGACCUCUUGAUGGAAGAUUCCUCUGGAUGGUGGAAGGGUCGUCUCCAUGGCCGAGAAGGACUCUUUCCUGGGAAUUAUGUAGAGAAGAUCUGAACAGAAAUGGCAACCCGAAACAAGGAAUCCAGUUUAAGGAGACAAGAUUUUUGCACCCCAGCUUGAAAUAUCAGCGUGUGGAACUUUGGAGUUACCUUCAUAGGCUCACCCAUUCAAUGCUUUGGAAGAUCCGGUCUUCAAAAUAUUACUCUUGUAAUACAGUAAAGGCAAUUCAGAAAAACAGCGACCUAGAGUUGAUUAUUUCAGGCUAAUUUAUCAAGGUAGAGGCAGUAGCACUGACAAAUUUAUUGCCAAAAUUCAAAAUUGCCCCAAUCAUGUUUUCAUGUGGGAGGCAGCGGAGAGAUGGGAGAUCUUAUUAGCAGAAAGUCAGAGAGAUGAAGGGCUCUGAACCCAUCACCAUCUUCCUCACAAAAUUACUUUCCCAUUGCCUGAUUCUUCCAGUUUAAGUAACUCCUAUGACUGGAGCUCAAGGACAGAGUGCAUAUGUAUGCUUUCCAGUUCCACAACCGUUGUAUUUUU